CAGCUGACGCCAAGGCUGGUAUACAGGGAGUGUAUAAAACUCGCCGCUGAGAGGGCACCAAGAGUCGCACCUGGGGCAAGAUAACACGUCUUCGCAAACAGCUCCCCCACCACCCUACCCCACAUCUGCUCUCCAGGAGAGGAGCAGCCCACGCUGUGUGAGGUCUUCAACAGGCGAAAUACUCUUUGGACGAUUGCUUGCAGAAAAAUGAGGAUAUCCGCAGAGCUGUCAAAGUUGGCCUUCAUAUCAUGUGCUGCAGUCGUAUUGUUGUCGGUCUUCGUGACCACUCACCCGGUGGAAAAUGCCGAGAAACCAAAUCCAUUACCUAUAGAGAUGUUUAGCCUCUCCGGUCUCGGAUUUAACUGGAAAAACCUAACCUGCCCCGCCUGUAAAGCCUUCUUUACCAUCCUAGAUAUUGCACUACUGACGGAUGAGAACGAGGAGCGCGUUGCCCGCGCCGUAGGUGAGGCGUGCAUCCGGCUCCAUCUUGCCGAUGCGGAGGUCUGUCGCCAGAUUACGGAGCUGUUCAGGAACGAUUUCAUCCGGGCCCUGCAGUACUCCCUACUGUGGCCGUCGGAGGCGUGUGCUCUGCUGGUGGGCCCCUCCUGUGGGAAGUUUGACCUGUAUGCCCCCUGGAACGUCACCUUACCCAAAGUCACCAAGCCGCCCGUCACGCCGCCCUCUCCUCCCCCACCGGGCUCACCCCAGAGCAGGGUGCUCUUCCUCACAGACAUCCACUGGGACCAGGAGUACUCAGCUGGGAGCAGUGCGGACUGUAAGGAACCCCUCUGCUGUCGCAACGAAUCCAACGCCCCUGUGUGGCACCACCGGGAGGCGGGCUACUGGGGCACCUACAGCAAAUGCGACCUGCCGCUACGCACCGUAAAGAACCUGCUGGAAGACGUGGCCAGAACCGGGCCCUGGGACUGGGUGUACUGGACCGGAGACAUACCAGCUCACAACGUCUGGUCCCAGACCAGGAAGCAGCAGCUGUCCGAGCUGAGCAUCAUCUCCAGGCUCAUCCACAAGAACCUUGGCCCGAAUGUAACGGUGUACCCUGCCAUUGGCAACCACGAGAGCACCCCCGUCAACAGCUUCCCCCCGCCCUUCGUCCACGGAAACCGAUCCUUGGCCUGGCUGUACAAUGCCAUGGCAGAGGAGUGGGCGCCGUGGUUACCAGAACAGGCCCUGAAGACUCUCAGAUACGCAGGCUUCUACUCGGUUCUGGUUCAGCCAGGGCUGCGCUUGGUGUCCCUCAACAUGAACUUCUGUGCUCGGGAGAACUUCUGGCUGAUGGUGAACUCCAGCGACCCCGCAAACCAGCUGCAGUGGCUGGUCCACAUUCUGCAGGCCAGCGAGGACCUGGGUGAGAAGGUUCACAUCAUUGGUCACAUCCCGCCCGGACUUUGUCUCAGCAGCUGGAGUUGGAACUAUUACCACAUCCUCAACAGAUAUGAAAGCACCAUCACGGGACAGUUUUUCGGGCAUACCCAUGUGGAUGAGUUCCAGAUGUUCUAUGAUGAAGAAACGAUGACUCGGCCGGUGGGCGUCGCCUUCAUCGCACCUAGUGCCACCACCUACAUCAACCUCAACCCAGGCUACAGGGUCUACUUUGUGGACGGGAACUACAAGGGCAGCUCUCGGCUAGUCGUGGACCACGAGACCUACAUCCUCAACCUCACCGAGGUGAACCACAAGCGAUCCGGCUACGGCGGCGCCGUCUCCAUCCCCGACCCCAGCCCCAAGUGGAGCCGGCUGUACCGGGCCACGGAGGCCUACGGGCUGGCCACCCUGUUCCCCUCCGACUGGGAGGGGCUGCUCCGCGGUUUCGUGGACGACGACCGGGUCUUCCAGAGGUUCUGGUACCUGAUGCACAAGGGCCACGUGUCGGCCCCGUGCAAGGACACCUGCAAGACGUCCCUGCUGUGUUUCCUGCGCAGCGGUAAGUAUGACGAGCUGCAGCAGUGCGACCUGCUCAACGGCUUCGGGGGCGACAUGGCACUGGCAGCGAGGAAGACCCUCUGUUGACACUGGGCUCAGUAACAAGGUGGACACUGGUUGGACUGGUCUGGAAAUGUAUUUUCUAGAAUAAGGUUUUCAAACGUUAAGGUGUGUGUGUGUGGACUUUCGAGCAUCAGGGUAGCUCUGCUUGAAGCCAUGGAUUGUUUUCUUGUCAAUGCAAAUCAUUUAUGUAUGGCUGUGUUCUCUGCAAAAUCAUAAAAUGCUUAACUCUUGGUGAGGUAGGGGAAGUUUGGAUUGUUUUUCAUUCUAGCAACUGCGGCUUGAAGGGGUUAAAAUUAUUAUUUAGUUUGAUCACCAGCAGAUUUGGAAACUUAAUUCAACUUCCUCAUUCACAGCCGGGUUAAACCGUUCGGCUUAACAGGCCUGCAGGGUGGUUAAAGGUAGAGUAGACCUCUUCCACGAUGAAUGUCUUUUUAGUUCAAAGAAAGCACAACAAAGAACCUGUGGAUUGAAUCACACUUCAAAAAAUCAUUGCUUUCUCCUAAGAUAAAAAUAUAUAUGUAUUACACAUGUCUUGCAUGAUGCUAGGAAGCAGAAUAAAAUGUUCUGCUUGCUGUACGGCACCUCGUAUAGACUGGUUCUGUUUUAUGGGACUCGUCUUCCAGGCCUUGAACUUGGAUAGCGACUUUGACUGCUGUAUGGAGGCCGGCCGGGGUCUUGAAGCCCCUGCCGCUGCUUUGUGGGACCGGGUUUGGGUCUGUUUUACUGCAAAUUGGCCUUCCUUUCUACAACCCAGUUUGUAAAUGGUUAGCCAAAUACAUAAGAUGGUCUUUCACCUUUCACGCCAAUGUUUCGUUUUCCCCUUUCCUGCACUUUAAUCUAGUAUUUAAUGUAUGGGUUGAUUCUAUGAACUUGCAUCAUUAAAAAUUAUAUACAAUUAUAUUGUUUAAAAAUGUUGAGCCAGAAGUGCCGUGGAAUUAUGAUAAAAAAUGAAUGUCGAACAUGAUGCUUACUGUAUAAAAGCAGUUAUUUUUAUUGCAAUAAUAAAUAAAUAAAGCAAUAUCA